CAGGGUGAGGAGGAGGCGGAGGAGGAGGGGGGCAGCAGGAGAAUGGGCCUGGAACGCGAACGGCACAAAUUGGAUUAAAGCAGUAUGCUGGACAAGAGCGAGGUGACAACUCUCAGCCUCCCCUCCACUGCCAGCCAUGGAGGCUCUGACAGCAACAUCAGCGCAGACGGCGCGGCGGGGUCAGCGUCCGGCGGUGCGGCGUGCGGCGGCGGCGCCGAGGGUGGCGCGGCCGGGGCAGGGUGCGGCGAGCCCCAGCGGACGCGGGCCGCUCUGGAGCACCUGCAGCAGAAGAUCCUGAAGGUGACCGAGCAGAUCCGGGUGGAGCAGGAGGCCCGCGACGACAACGUGGCCGAGUACCUGAAGUUGGCCCACAACGCCGACAAGCAGCAGGCCUCCAGGAUCAAGCAGGUGUUUGAGAAGAAGAACCAAAAGUCUGCACAGACCAUCGCACACCUGCACAAGAAGCUCGAGCACUAUCACAAGAAGCUAAAGGAGAUCGAGCAGAACGGACCGGCCCGGCAGCCCAAGGACGUCCUGCGGGACAUGCAGCAAGGACUGAAGGACGUGGGGGCCAACGUCCGUGCGGGGAUAAGCGGUUUCGGCGGUGGCGUAGUGGAAGGGGUCAAAGGUGGGGUGUCGGCCCUCACGCACACAGCCGUGGUCUCCAAGCCCAGAGAGUUCGCCAGCCUCAUCAGGAACAAGUUCGGCAGCGCGGACAAUAUCGCCCACUUCAAGGACACGCUGGAGGACGGAGUCGGGGGCCACUCCGACGACACCCCUACCCCCCGCGCCCUCAGCGGAAGCGCCACUCUGGUGUCCAGCCCGAAGUACGGCAGCGACGACGAGUGCUCCAGCGCAACGUCCGGCUCGGCCCCGGGCAGCAACUCGGGUGGGGCGGGGGGAGGAGGUGGAGGGGCCAUGUUAGGGCCCGCGAUGGGGAGUCCCAGACUGGACGGGCAUCACCACCACCACCAUCACGUGCACAGCUCGUGGGACUCUCUGCUGGAGGGCUUGCAGGAAAUUAAAGCCGGCCAGGCGCACAUGGAGGACACCGUCGAGGACAUGAAGGGCCAACUGCAGAGCGACUACUCCUACAUGACACAGUGCCUGCAAGAGGAGAGAUACAGGUACGAACGACUGGAAGAGCAGCUGAGUGACCUGACGGAGCUUCAUCAGAACGAAAUGAGCAAUCUCAAACAGGAACUGGCCAGCAUGGAGGAGAAAGUGGCCUACCAGUCCUACGAGAGAGCAAGAGACAUUCAGGAGGCGGUGGAGUCGUGCCUGACGCGCAUCACCAAGCUGGAGCUGCAGCAGCAGCAGCAGCAGGUGGUCCAGCUGGAGGGCGUGGAGAACGCCAACGCCCGCGCGCUGCUGGGCAAGCUCAUCAACGUCAUCCUGGCGCUCAUGGCCGUGCUGCUGGUGUUCGUGUCCACGCUGGCUAACUUCAUCACGCCGCUGAUGAAGACGCGGGCGCGGGUGGGCGCCACCGUCCUGCUCACCGUGAUGCUCUUUGUUUUGUGGAAGCACUGGGACUUUGUGGAGCUUUGGCUUCUGCCCAGCUGAGCUGCCCCAGAGAGGAAGCAGAGCAGAGAGUUCACUCGGUCGUGCCCUCCUCAAAUGCACCCUCUGGACGCCUUUGUGGUAUUUUCUUCUGCUUCUUUUGAAGAAAGAAAAACAAAAAUCUCUCAAACAACUUCAGACUUUUACCAACUACCAAACAAGGAAUCAUUUUAGGGGAUAUUUGCUGCCUACUGUCCAUUUCCUUUCUUUUUUCCCUAUAAAUGAGUCAAUGAGUGUAACUCCAUUUCUUUUGUGUCAUUUUUCAGUUAAGUGCAUAAAUUAAUAGAGAAAAGGCAUAUCAUUGAGAUUAAUACUGGUGUAAAUCAAGUUGUAAGUUCAUAUUUCGACUUAUAGGGGCCAGCCCAUUAUUGCAAUCAGCACUUUUUUUUAAUGCUCUGCCUCCAGUGCAUCUGCAUGUUAGUAUAAGUGAACGUUAGUCUUCAUCUUUUAUUAAAAAAAGUGGAAGGGUUGCUGUACCCAUGACAAUAUAAAGAAAUAAAUAGCAGUCCGUUUUACCACAAAACCUUCAGGGAUCUCCGAGAAAGCUAAAAAAAUAUCAUAAUAAAGUCAGGAAAAGCCUGAAAAAACGCAAAGUAGGAUUGUACAGGCAUGUACAAAGCCUGUUUGUUUGGCAUGCAGGGAAACCUUCUCUCGCCCGCAUCAACAUCAAACCGCAUCUGUACUCCCUCUAGCCCAGACAUUGCCACAAAGGUGUCCAGAAUGCAUCAAUAGAGCAUCAAAGACAUGUCAUUACCAAAAAGCAUAUUUCAUUGCCACGCACAAGCUGUAACAGCUGAAAUGAUCGCCAAAUCUGAACAAAACAAGCAAAAUGUACAGAAAUGCCAGAGGAGGGCACAAAGGGGAAAGGCCUGCAGCACAAUGGGAGCUGCUCUUCUUUCCUCGGGACCGACUCGACGAAACACACACAAAGACGAACAAAAUAACAUUUUGCCGAGCAUCGACAUCUCCGGCCUGCUCUUUUGGUGUGGAUGAGCAAUCAUCGAUUUACACUGCCGUCACCAAAAACAUCUGUUUUUUUUGUUUUUUCUCCUUAAGAUUCUUUUUGGAUGUUACUACUACAGUACAACGAAUUAGCAGGACAGAGGACUCAUGGGAGGCUGACCUUCACGUUGAAGGAAAUGGAGGAUUUUUAUUUUUUUUUUUCCUCAUGAAUGUUGAUGUGCUCAUCAUGCAUGUCCUCAUGUGUGCACUGGCACCUGUUGACGUUUCAAUUGAUGGCAAUAUGGAUUUUGCUCUAUGCCAGGGAUACGCUCACUAGACACUUCAUUAGGUACACCUGCACACACAAUCAAAUGCAAUCCAAUACAAGAUGGAAAAUCUUACCAAUCCUGCUGUUUUCGCAAUGUCAAAGAAAUUUAAAUUACAUUUUCUAUAUUUGAUUUCAUUGAAUUCACCCAUCAGGCGAGAGUGAACACAUACAGCAUGUGGUGUUAUUUUCAUAAUUUUUUAGUUUUAAGGGUAUAUGUUUUUGUAACUUGAGAGCGCAGCGUUUACCUAAUGAAAUGUCCAUUUGUCAAAUGGACAUGUCACUCCCGGUUUGUUGCCGUGUUGCAGGGAGGAUUUGUAGACGCAUUUCUGGCUGUAUUCCCUCCGCUGCCGUUGAACAAAGCAUUUAGCAGCUAAAAUGUUUCAUCGUCCUGUAAACUAUUUUCCCUCCAUAGCUGAGAUUUCAUGACCACUGUCGUAGAGCUGCUUUCGCCCGCUGUGUCAAAUGAACUGGCAUGUCAAUUUGUGUCACUGUUUAUAUCCAGUUUGCAAAAAAAAAAAAAAAAAAAUCUACAGAUAAAUGUUGCUGUUUUAUUGCAAAUUGUGAGAAUUGUGCUCCCCUGCCCGGCUGAGACGACAAGGUAAAAUAGGGUUUAGAGAAGCACUCAUUGAUAGAAAAGGUUCAACAUCUCAUGGGGAUUAUUUACAACUAACGCCCUCUCCUCAGUAGAAUCUUAGUCUAGACUGGAUUGCAUCGAGAGCUCAAUCUUUAAAGGGGACCUAUAGAAAAGGAGGCACUAGAUCAGCAGUGUCAAGUUUGCCCUGCAUGUUAACCAAAAUACUCAGAACAGUACCAUGCAGUAGAAUUCGACACCACCACAAAUUACAACUACAUUAACUAAACAUGGUUAAAUAACCAACAUUUUAGAAAGCAAGUGUUUUAUGCAAAUAUUGGCUCUCACAAUCAUUCAUACAGUGGCGACUUGAGAUACAAUUUUUAUUUGUUCCAUCAAUACACUUGUAACUCAAAGGACUCUUAUCCCAAAUUAUCUUUCCCAUUGAAAUUCCUUCUGUGUUGAAAUACCAUUAAUCAGUUCCAGCCACCCCCACCCCCCCCCCCCCCCAUCUUGCCUCAAAGUUUUGUAAUGCAUAGUAAUAGUAAUAGCAUUCUACAACGUGAUUUAUAAAAACAUGGAUUACAAAAAGAGUGUGUAAAGAAUUAAAGUUUUUGCUUCUAUUCAAUGGACAUUGCGCUGCUCCUUCAGGUGUGCACAUCUUGGGU